AUGCAGACGGAGGCGCGGGUGGGCGGCGUGGUCGUCGACGGCGGCCGGGCUGCCGUGGCGGCGGCCCGCCGCCCGGAGCAGCAGCAGCGCCACAUCGGCACGGCGGCGCACCUGGCCGCCGGCGGGCUCGCGGGCGUCGUCAGCAAGACCUGCACCGCGCCCCUCGCCCGCCUCACCAUCCUCUUCCAGGUGGCAGGUAUGCAUUCAGAUGCUGCAGCACUAAGGAAGUGUAGUAUAUGGCACGAGGCUUCACGGAUUGUUCGAGAAGAAGGCUUCGGGGCAUUUUGGAAAGGCAACCUAGUGACAAUUGUACAUCGGUUACCUUAUUCUGCCAUGAGCUUCUACUCAUACGAGCGAUACAAAAAGGUCAGGCGCUAA